AUGAAGCUUUCAUCUGUCUUCUCUUCAUCCCUCCUCCUCCAUGAUCUCAUCCUCCUGCUGUGCGUCGUCUCGGUACCGCUUCCAUCGAUGGCAGACGGGACCGUCGACAGACUCGCACUCGAGUCCUUCAAGUCCAUGGUCUCCGACCCCCUGGGAGCCUUGGCCUCAUGGAACCGGACCAACCAUGUCUGCCGGUGGCAAGGCGUCCGAUGCGGCCGGCGGCACCCCGACAGGGUGACUGCCCUGCGCUUACUCUCGUCGGGGCUCGUCGGCCGCAUCCCGCCUCACGUCGCCAACCUAACUUUUCUCCAAGUGCUCCGCCUCCGUGACAACAACUUCCACGGACUGAUCCCACCCGAGCUCGGACGCUUGUCCCGGCUGCAGGCCCUCGACCUCAGCCUGAACUAUCUCGAAGGCCCCAUCCCUGCCACUUUGAUUCGUUGCUCCAAUCUUCGACAAGUCUCUGUGAGGAGCAACCUGCUGACGGGAGAGAUUCCCAGGGAUGUCGGACUGCUGUCGAAGAUGUUGGUGUUUAAUCUGGCGCAGAACAAUCUCACCGGAAGCAUACCGCCUUCCUUGGGAAACAUGACAUCUCUCUUCGCUCUUUUCCUCCAAUCCAAUACUUUAGAAGGAAGCAUUCCCGAGAGCAUCGGUAAUCUCAAAAGCUUACAGCUGCUUCAGAUAGCCUAUAACAGGCUCUCAGGUGCGAUUCCUUCCUCUGUUUACAAUCUAUCCUCCAUGAAUAUUUUCUCCGUCGGGAACAAUCUUCUGGAGGGAACCCUACCUGCGACCAUGUUCGACACCCUUCCGAGCCUCGAAAUGCUUCUAAUGAACAACAACCAUUUCCAUGGGCACAUUCCAGCUUCACUUUCCAAUGCGUCCUAUAUGGGAGACAUGGAACUGAGUGUCAAUUACUUCACUGGAACAGUACCCUCCCACCUGGAGAAUCUACGACAGAUCUACUUCAUAAACCUUUCCGACAACCAGCUCGAAGCUACUGAUUCCAGUGACUGGGAGUUCCUUGCAUCUUUGACGAAUUGCAGUCUCUUGCAUGUAUUAGUUUUAGAUACCAACAACUUCGGCGGCAUGUUGCCAACUUCUUUAGCCAAUUUAUCCUCCAGUUUGAACACCAUAACUCUCGAUUCGAACCAUAUUUCUGGCACCAUACCCACAGGAAUAGGAAAUCUUUUCAACCUCACGACACUGUCAUUGAGCGAUAACCAUCUGACCGGUCUGAUUCCUCCCACAAUUGGAGGGCUCCGAAACCUGCACAGAUUGGACUUAUCAGGAAACAGAUUAACAGGACAAAUACCUGACUCCAUCGGGAACCUCACUGAACUGAAUCUUAUCUACUUGCAAGAUAAUGAUCUCGGUGGAAGAAUACCUGAAAGCAUAGGGAACUGCGGGAGAGUGGAAGAGAUGGACCUUUCUCACAAUAAGCUCAGUGGUCAGAUUCCCAUGCAGCUUUACAGCAUUUCUUCGUUGUCGACAUACCUAAAUCUAUCAAAUAACCUGCUGAACGGAACACUGCCGCUCCAAGUGGGUAACCUGAGAAAUCUUGGUGCGCUUGUUCUUGCACACAACAAGCUCUCCGGUGACAUCCCUACAACCCUUGGCCAGUGUCAGAGCUUGGAGUACCUUUAUUUGCAUGACAACUCUUUUCAAGGAUCUAUCCCUCAAUCCUUGAGCAACUUAAAAGGUCUGAGCGAGCUAGAUCUUUCAAGCAACAACAUAUCUGGCAACAUCCCAGAAUUUCUAGCAGACCUACUUGCUCUGCAGCACCUGAACCUCUCGUACAAUGAUCUUGAAGGCAACGUGCCAAAUGAUGGUGUUUUCGGGAACAUCACUGCAUUCUCGGUUAUAGGAAACGAUAAGCUUUGUGGGGGUAAUCAAGGACUGCACCUGCCCCCGUGCCAUAUCCAAUCUGGUAGGAAGCAUAAAUCUCUCACGCUCGAGGUUGUCAUCCCAGUCAUCUCUGUCGGUCUGUGUGCGGUAAUCCUACUUAUCGCCCUUGCUGUUCUGCACAGAACGAAGAACCUGAAAAAGAAAAAUUCAUUUACAAAUUCUAUGGAGGAGCAAUUCAAAAGAAUCUCUUACAAUGAGCUGCUAAGGGCAACUGAUGAAUUCUCAGCUUCUAGUCUGAUUGGUAUGGGAAGUUUUGGUUCUGUUUACAAAGGAGUUAUGGACGCUGAUGGAACUACUGUUGCAGUUAAGGUGCUAAAUCUGGAAAGGCAUGGAGCAUCACAGAGCUUCAUCUCUGAAUGUGAAGCCUUGAGAAGCAUCCGGCAUCGCAAUCUUGUCAAGAUUCUAACUAUAUGCUUAAGUGUAGAUAAUAGAGGAAAUGAUUUUAAGGCUUUGGUGCUCAACUACAUGUCAAACGGGAGUCUCGAGAACUGGCUGCAUCCCAAAGAAUCUGAGGCAUCGACAAGGAGGAAAUUGACCCUUCCUCAGAUGUUGAGCAUAGCAAUAGAUGUCUCUUCUGCGUUAGAUUACCUUCACCAUCACGGACCUAUGCCAAUUGUUCAUUGUGAUUUAAAGCCUAGCAAUGUUCUUCUGGACCAAGAAAUGUGUGCACAUGUGGGUGACUUCGGAUUAGCAAGGUUUUUACAAGGCACAAUGCCAGACACAGACCAAAACCGUACAACAUCCGCAGGAAUAAAAGGAACCAUUGGAUAUGUUGCUCCAGAAUAUGCCAUGGGAGGCAAAGUCUCUACUACUGGAGAUAUAUACAGCUAUGGGAUUCUUUUGCUAGAGAUGCUGACAGGGAAGAGGCCUACUGAGGACAUGUUCAAGGAUGGCCUUAGCCUUCAUAAAUAUGUGGAGAUGACCCCUAUCGAAGAUCUACUCAUGGUUUUAGAUCCUGAUCUUCUUCUGGUGGAGAAUGGCCAACAAGGUGAGCAAAAUGUUGUGUACAUUGACGUGGACAGGUUAGAAGUGCAGAAAUGCUUUGUUUCGGCUGUCAAUGUUGGCCUUGCUUGUUCAAAGGAAAAUCCAAGAGAGCGAAUGCAGAUGGGAGAUGUCAUCAAGGAACUAAGUGAAACUAGAGAUAAGCUUCUCAAUGUCCACAGAAAUAUAACUGGAGUACAUGGAUGAGGAAAAUGAUCUCUCUCCCUCUCCCUCUCUCUCUGGAACUUCUUGUUCACAACCCACAAAUAAUAGUAAACUGUCUGCGGAUGUGAAAUUUCACAGCUCUUAUGGUGUAACAGAGGAAAUCAAGCAUGUAAUGUAGAAUAUCUGCUCCGUAGAAUUUAUUUGAACUGUAAAUAGGUGAAUGGAUUCUUUCAUCAGUCCAUUAUCGUAGAACUACGGGAAGACAAUUGGCGUAA